CUAUCUGUGAAAUUAUGAGCAUGGAAGGAUGUGUUCACCUUUCUGAGUUUAAAUCUACAAAGGGGACGCAGCCCUUCCGCAUCAUCUACAGUUUUUUCGUGUUCUGCACCAGCAAGGCGGCGCGGCAGCAGAAGGUAAAUUUUGGAACUUCCUGCCUGCCUCUAUAUUUCCUCCUUCCUAUGACUUGAACUCUCCGAAGAGGGGGGUUUCAAGACACUUAUCCUCCAAUUUUUGACAUUGGUUUCUGAUUGUGUUUGGGGACCAGCCCCUCGGUAGUCUUUUGUUGCCAUUGGCCGGUGCUCCUCCUACAUAAGAAAAGAAAAAAAAAAAAGGCAAAAUGGUGUGUGUGUUCAGUGUGUGCGGCACAUGCGCCCAGAAUCCAUGCUUGCCUUCACUGCAUCCACUUUGCCUGCUACCAGGGCCACAUCCAGGACCACACUACCUCCAUGCAGCACAAUCUUGGUGUGUGCUCCCCUUUCACACUCUGCAUUGUGGAUGUGGAGCAGGGCCAGAUUCUGUGUAUGGCGUGCGGCGAUUAUGUCUAUGACUCGGAGAUCAGACGCAUUGCUGUCAACUGCAAGGAGAAGGCGCGACGCUCUCUCGGGUUGAACACCGAGUACCGGGCGUGGGCGCCGGACUCAGUGGAGAUGACGCUGCUCCAGGCGCACCCCAAGAGGCGGCGGCCCACUCCUAACUCCACCAUAGGCCUUCGUGGGCUCAUCAACCUGGGUAACACAUGUUUCAUGAGUUGUAUCAUCCAGGCACUCACCCACACACCCCUCCUGAGGGACUACUUCCUCUCAGACAAACACGUGUGUCAGUUCAACAAUGACUCCACACGAUGCCUCGUCUGUGAGAUCUCCAGGCUGUUCCAGGAGUUCUACAGCGGCAACAAGGCGCCGCUGAUCCUCCACAAGCUCCUGCACCUCAUCUGGACCCACGCCAGACACUUGGCAGGCUACGAGCAGCAGGAUGCCCAUGAGUUCUUCAUAGCAGCCCUCGAUGUUCUGCACCGCCACUGCCAGGUACCAACGCUCUCAACUCCAAGAGAAUUUUACUUGAGUGUUCAUGGCAACCCUCCCUCCAAUGGAGACUCUACGCACACAUGUUCCUGUAUUAUAGACCAAAUUUUCACUGGCGGACUGCAGUCAGAUGUAGUGUGUCAGGCGUGCAAUGGUGUGUCCACUACUAUAGACCCUUUCUGGGACAUAUCCCUGGACCUGGGCCCUUGUCCAUAUGGCACCAGCAAGGCGGACAAAACUGUUCCCACCUCACUGGCAGAUUGUCUGGAGAGGUUCACACGACCAGAACACUUAGGCAGCAGUGCAAAAAUAAAAUGUAAUGGGUGUCAGAGUUACCAGGAGUCUACAAAGCAACUCACUAUGAAAAAACUUCCUAUAGUUUGUAGUUUUCAUCUAAAGCGUUUUGAACACAGCAACCGGUUACAUAAAAAGAUCUCCACCUUCAUCUCCUUCCCUGAGCACCUGGACAUGACUCCCUUCAUGUCCAACAGACGCAACAACAACAACAACCAUAACGGCAUCACCACGCACCCCACUGACAUCAACAACAGGUACUCCUUGUUUGCGGUGGUGAACCAUGUGGGGAGCCUGGAUGCCGGCCACUACACAGCAUAUGUCAGGCAGCACCGAGACCAGUGGUACAAGUGCGAUGACCACAUGAUCACCCGCGCCACCAUUCAGGACGUCCUGCAGAGCGAAGGGUACCUCCUUUUCUAUCAUAAGCAAAUCUUAGAGUACGAUUGAAUCAUUCACUGUUGAGCAGUGGAACUUUUUUCAUUACUAGCCUCCACAAUAAUCUCAGCUGACUCUGAACAAGUCUGACGAGGGGGGGGGUUAGCCGAGGGAGAGAGGCUGAGCAGCUUCCUCUUGGGACAGGGGCAGCUCUCGUCACCUCUACAAGUCUAUAAUACAAACACCUACCUGUGUGUAAUUUUAAAGCUAUUUAAGUUAUGGUUUGGGAAUGUGGUUGAUACAGCAUUACUAUUUUAUGAGUUAUGAAAGAUAUUCCCUAUUUGUGUACACGUAAACAACCACUGUAAGAAAGAAGCCGGUUCUCCUCAUUCCAGGCCAGAACCGCCGGCCGUGAAGGUCGUGCAGCGGGACGAUAUUUACUCUACUAGUGUAUGUGUGUGUGGUUUGUAGUGUACUUGCAGACCCCAAGACUCACAUUUUAUCAAACAUUCAGGUUGUUGGUGUUCUUUCCUCUAGCUGCAGGAUUUUCAUAUUAAAGGGAUCAUUAUUGUCUUGGCUUGUCUUCCAUGACUAAACAAAUGGUGACAUGGCUCUAGUCCUCAACUGUAUACAUUCUUCAGAGGCUUGGGGAGCAUAGCUGAAAGAGUUCAUCAGGUAUUUUCUAAGGUUUUUAUCACAUCCACUGUAAUGGUUUCAUCUUCAGCAUACAAAAUAUCAGGAACACCUUAAGAGGGGAGAGCGAGCACAGAUCUCAUGUUGCAAGUGUCAUUAUCAAGCCUCUAUCAGUUUCAGCUGAGAACUUCAAUGUGGUUACUUUCUGGGGAGGAACCUGCCGGAUGCAUGGCGUCGGUGUUUGCCUCUGCUAAACAAUAACCUCAGUCAAGGCACCAACUGUCAGGAAAGCUUCUAGGAGAUUAAUGGGGGAAGGGGUAGACUACUGUAAUGGUGUUCAGGAUGUAGUAUUCCUGUCUAGCUUGGUCAAGUGAUGUGUUAAGGUAAAGGUUUUCACUCAAGUUUCUCAGUCUUUGGGGAAAAACUCGUCUUUUGAAGGUUUGCUUUUGCAUGGGCAAUGUAGCAAUACCAGUGAUUGUUUUAUAUACAUAUAUAUAUAUGGUGAAAUUCUCUUAAUAGGUAGGAUCUUUCCAUGAUUAUUUUGCAAGUGGAAAUACUAAGUAAGUUAACAAAAAAUUUAGACUGGCCUCUAGUAAUACUACUUUACACAUUUAACAGUAUUAUGGGCAUUUUGUAAGGAACUUUUUGUUGUUCACGACGUCCACGUUGGGCAUGUGUUCUUGAUGCUCUCCUGGAAGACUACUUAAAACUUCAGGUAUUCAAAGCCAAAGUGUGUAAAUUGAGGCCAUAUUGCAUUGCUGUAUUACUUCCAAUCUUGCGUACAACUUUGCAUCAUUCACUGGAAGAAAACUAAGGUAUUAGUGGCGUUUGUGUUGACUGGUCUGUGAGGCUGCAUUGCUGAAGAAGGCAGUACAGUGCUGCUCCCUCCUUGUACCUGGCAUCUUUCCAUUUACUACAGUUGCACAAAAGGCAAAUAUGGCCUUGGAAUAUGGCCUUCAGAAUAUCUCGCAAGCAAGGACAAGGUGCUCUAGCAUGGCCUUCCUGUUUAACGGCUAGCACAGGAUGCUGCUAGCAUUGUCCCACCUCCACAAGGCCGCAGCCAACAUACUGUCCGCAUGUAUGGGAAACUAUUUUGUGUGUUAGUGUUGUCGAGUAUGGUAUUUAUAUAAUUUUUGUCGACAGCGACUGCAGAAAAGGCAUAUGUACGUGGCAUAUGUUACUGACCGUGCAGUGAGCAGAUGCCCGGAAGGUCUGCCAAUCCAUUUAUGUUCUGGGUCCUGUAUAAUAAGCUAGGAAACCUGCCGGCAUCAUUGCGUGCAAUCCUCUAGGACUGUAAGUAGGCUUUUGUACUCUUUUGUAAUAGCCUGUGGGUAGGUAGUUAUUUUUAUUCAAAUUAAUACCUUUUGCACAGGACAUACUUCAGAAUGUUAGGUGCUCUUUCACACAACAUAAGUAAUUUAACAGCCAAUCAAAUACCAUGUCAUAAGAAUCAUGUCCGUCGCUCCUGGGCAGGGCGACGCCUCUCAUCCGCUGGAUCAUUUUCCUGAGAAUUAGGCUUUGGUUGGGAAGCUCCUUCAUCUCUAGGUCUUCGUGAGCAUCUGUUGAGAUUGGAUUGCUUGCUGAAUCUGGUCAAGUGAGUGAGUGCUUGGGGAAAUAUGCAAGGGACUUCAAUUAAUAACCAGUAGUAAUAUGUGUAAUCUAAAAGUUGUAGAGAGUAUGUUAUUAACCGAUCACUGCUCUGUGUGGAGAAGUGACUGUUGCACUGGAUCCCCCUCAUGUGUGUCUCCAUGCACCACACAUACACUCAUAUACUCUUGCCUCAGUACACAUUCACUCUUACUGGAACACAUUGUUCCUUAAACUUUGCUCAUUCCUCGCUAUCAAACUCAAGCUCCUACAAGUCAGUGUGAGUGGCAGGAUUAGUUUUUUACAAUGACAACCGUUUUGGUUUACUUUGAAUAUAUGUUUUUUCCAGACAAUUUGGCACAUCGAUUGUUACAGUAAUGAAGCCGUAAUGAAAAAUGUUUCUUAAAAACUCAUGUUUAUUUCAUAGAAGUUAUUCAUCAAUAAGUAGACAAAACACAAAAUUGUCAUGUACCAGUUAGUAAAACAAUGUUGCUACUUCUGUCACUUGCAAAACUUGAUGAUCUAGUCUAUGUACAUCUCUUCUUGAAUCCGUCGUGAAAAUAUACAUCAAAAUACUGUAGAAGAAUCAUUCAAGUGGGUUGUUGAAUUUAGUUUUGUAAAUAACAAUGCGUUAUGUUUUUUUUUUUACUCACAUUAUUCUCAGGUUUGAGGGAAGAGUUCAGCUUAAGGAAUAGAAGAAAUGGCAGUGGUGCCAUCAGGAUGAAUGAAAGGAGGGAAGAUGAAGAAGCAAAGUAGGUAGGGCAGUCAGCACAGAGAGACGAGUCCUGACAUAGACGCAGAAGUCAUUCAUUCCAAGGAAGAUCAACAUGGAGCUCAUCCUUCACAUAAUGGGGAUCUAGUGCAGAGGAACUCUUCACUCUUCUUAGUUUGAUCCUUUUAUUGAACAUGGAUGGAGCCGCUGUGUUAAAGCUGCAGCGUGGUGUUCUCAUUAUGUCAAGGAUGUAAAGGCGUCGCGCAACUCUACAGUAAUUGUAUUAUUUUUUUUGUGUGUGAAAUUUGACAAGCAUUCCUGUGUUGUAAAAAUCUAUUACAGUAUUGAAGAUACUUAAAUGCAUUUUGAGCACACUUGAAAAGCCACAAACAGGUUUUAUAAAAAAAUUUCUUAUACAUUUUUUGUCUAGAACCAUUCUUUGUGGCUGGAUGAUUUUGGUUUGGUAGUUGAUAGGAGAGUUGGGGUGUAAUUAAUCUGCAAAAGUAAUUCAUUAACUGGUGAAAAGGUGAAAGGCUAUUUAAUUUCAGGGUUGGGUAUUAUAAGUAAUCUUUCGUGAAGUUACUUGAGUAAAUAUUUAGGGAUGAUUUUUGGCUUGCUGUAAAUGCUGUUCCUAAAAAUUACUACACAUGUAGAUGGAUAUACAUCUGAUUUUGUGUAUUAAGUAAUUUUUCUACACAUUUCACAAAUACUUCUGCAGUUUGUACCAUUACAGCAUAAGCUACAUACACAGCUUCACCGGAGGGCCUCAAUGUCAAACCUUUUAUUAGAAGCUUUUUUUUUUUUUUUUACAUAUAUUUUUUUAUAGUGAUCUGAUGUUUUAUAAAUUGGCUCUUUUAUAUGGUUAUUGUUAUGUAUUUGUGGAUGGAUUCUCUUUUCUGCAUAGAAGCAAACACAUGUUAGAUAUAAAGUCCGAAGUAGAACAAACAAUACCCACGGAGAUGCAACUCCCUCGUCACAAAACAACCUCAUCACAUUCUUUCAUUAUGUUCUCCUGUAUCAAAAGUUGAUCUGAUUGUUUAUCUGUCUGUCUCUGUCCGAAAUGUUACAUAUCAUUUUGAGAAGUAUGAUUUACUGGUGUGAUUGUUCUUAUAAGGCUGGCAAGGGAAUGUCAUUGGGGGCACAACACUGUUUGCAACACUAAUCCAAGGAUAAGAUGUGAGCUGUCUUGUAGAUUUGACGUAAUUUGUGGUGGCAUGCAUGGGGGUGUCAGACUGUGUGUAAGGCUAUUUAAAUUAAAGUGAGGUAAUGUAGUGGUGUAGGGUGUGCAUGACUAGCAUGGAUGUGGGCUUCAGUAUGAGUGAGAGAAUGCUUUGUUGUAUAGAAGUUUUUUUUUAUUUAUUUAUUUAUUUUAUUUUUUUGUUUUUUCUUCUUGUAUCAUUGUUACCUGUGGUUUGAAAGAGACUCGAAUGCAAAAGUUUUGGUGUCCACUGAAAGAUUUAUUUUGGUUGUGAAAUCAAUGUUAAAUUUGAAUGAAUUGUAAAUACUUCUGUGUUUAGCGAUUAACCAUUGUGUUUUGUAUUGACUGCUGAGUGACUUGUGGAGGAGUGUGCAAGCCUGUGUAGCAGCUGUGUGUGUGUAUGUGUGAGAGAGAGAGAGAGAGAGAGUUGGUAUGUGCUGUGGCUGUGGAGUGUAUGUAGCCUUAACCUAUACCACAUGACCAGCCACUAUCUGUGAUACUUGGCAGGGUACAGGUCCCUGCCUUCAUGUCAUGGCUCAGUCUCAAUAAAGUUAAGUCACAGUC